UCAGUUUUAUCAUCAACGUUGCCCUCUAGCUGGUUUACUAGCAACUCGAUCAUUGACAUUAUCAACAAUGAAAUUGUUUACAAAGACUGGAUCUAUCUUGGACCAAUCACCAGGUUUUUUAAAGAUAUAAACGAGUCUCAUAUUCAGUAUGAUUUCGGUAUUAAAGACUCCAGGUUUUUUAUUUUAUGUGAACAUGACGAAAAUUCCCAGCAUGUUUCUGGCUAUUUGGGCGACUACCAAACUGAUGUUAUAACAAAUGGAAAAAAACUAGAUGAGUUGAAUCAAAUUGCAACCCAACUAACUGAAACCGGUUUGAUUUUCAUAAAUUUUCAAAGAAAUCCAAAGGCUUCGUUAUUUGACCAUUUUGGCCCAGUUCUAUCUUCACUAAUCAACAAGAUUAAUUUCAGAAAAUUGCGUUACAAAAGAACCUUGAUCUACACUGCAAAGUACAAUUUUAUGACUUUCCUUGAUGGUUAUCAAGAAUGUUUGCACUGCUCUUACACUCAUCCUUUGCUAUCCAAAAACUACAACCUCAGCUCAUAUGAGAUCAAAAACCAUAAACACUUCUCUCAACACAUUGCGUUACCAGACCAGAACAAUGAAAUCGAAGUGGAAAACGACCAAACCAAUGCCUUGUUUUUGUAUUUCUUUCCAAUUUCAACCUUGAACAUCUAUGGUGGUGGCAUGAACUGCUUUAGAGUCAUACCAAUCAACAAAAACACUUCAAGAAUGGAAAUUGACUACUACUUUGACAACGAAAGCGUCACUGGGCCCAAUGCUGACCCCAACAGUGAGUUUGAAAAGUACUUCAGGUUUUGCAGACAGGUUCAAACUGAAGACUUGGAGCUAUGUGAAGCUACUCAAGAAAACCUCGACAUUGGUGUCUAUCAAAGUGGAACUCUCAAUCCCCAUAAAGAGAAUGGGGUUAUCUUCUACCAAGGCUUGAUUCGAGACAGAGUCGUC